AUGCUCCGGACUCCAGUGCAGUUAACAGAGCUGCACCUCGCCGUCAAAUUUCAAAUUAGCGGAUAAAUCACAUUGUUUCCCUAGUGCUAGUCAUUUUGGUUUGAUAUUAGAAGAAGGGAGGAAAGAGGAGGUAAGAAGGCUCUCUCUAAUGGGUCCCGCGCCCGACUUCCGGUGGCCCCCAAACUCGUAAUUGAGAACCGAAAGACUUGUCCAGGCUUCUGCAAUUGCAUCUUCGCUGUUUAACAACGGCUGUGCUGACCGAAGUGGACUUAUUCUUGAGCUUCUCUUAAGACUCGGAGAAGUUAAAAAGAACUCCCUGGAACUAUCAAGAAGAAAAAUGUCUGUGACAUUACAUACAGAUGUAGGUGAUAUUAAAAUAGAAGUGUUCUGUGAGAGGACUCCCAAAACGUGUGAGAAUUUCUUGGCUCUUUGUGCCAGUAAUUACUACAAUGGCUGUAUAUUUCACAGAAACAUCAAGGGUUUCAUGGUUCAAACAGGAGAUCCAACAGGUACUGGAAGAGGAGGUAACAGCAUUUGGGGCAAGAAGUUUGAAGAUGAAUACAGUGAAUAUCUUAAGCACAAUGUUAGAGGUGUUGUGUCUAUGGCCAAUAAUGGUCCAAAUACCAAUGGAUCUCAGUUCUUCAUCACCUAUGGCAAGCAGCCACAUUUGGACAUGAAGUAUACAGUAUUUGGGAAGGUAAUAGAUGGUCUGGAGACUCUAGAUGAAUUGGAGAAGUUACCAGUAAAUGAGAAGACAUAUCGACCUCUGAAUGAUGUACACAUUAAGGACAUAACUAUUCAUGCCAACCCAUUUGCUCAGUAGCUAUAUUAAGCCUGGCAAAUACAUGACACACUGUUUGUUGGAACACACCCAUUGUGGUUUACCCAGUUUUAAAUAUGUCAGAGAUUGCAUCAUCCUUCUUUCUGCUUGUUUACAACAAGAUCUUCUAUGAGCUGGUGAUGCCAAGGAGAGCCCAGUGGCUUUAACCCCCAUUCCUACAGCAUAUUGUUUACUACAACUACUAGCCAAUGUAUUUCUUUAAUAUAAAAAGCCUGUUUGAUUGUUGUUGCCUAUAAAUACUCAUUUUUAAAUGCUGACCCUCUGUUAAGUACAGGCAUUUCUGUCUUAGAAGUAAUAUUUUCUAUUAUGGAGUUAAAUUGAUGGACAGGGUAAAGGGAUGGUCUAGAAAGGCAGUGUUCUGGUCUUUGGACUUAAUAAAAGCUCUAAAAAGUU